UUGUGUAAAUGCACCAUACCUACUGCAGAGAUCAGAUGCGAGGUUCUUGAAGAUCCAGUCAAUGGGCGAAUAACGUUCUACAGCAAUCAACAGUUCCUGGACUCUGUGGCGCUUAUAGCCUGCAACUCUGGGUUUACCCUCAUUGGAGCUGACCAGAGACAGUGCCAGGAGUCAGGGCAAUGGACUGGCCAGCAACCACAGUGCAUUGAGAUUGCCUGUGACUCCCUCAUCAGUCCCUCCAAUGGGAAUGUGGUGGUGGAUGGGAGUGGAGUGGGGACAGUGGCCACCUACUCCUGUGACACUGGCUACACUCUGGAGGGAGUGUCAAUGAGGACAUGCCAGAACUCUGCAGAUCCCACCUGGUCUGGCAGCCACCUUCCUGCAACAGUGAUCGUGAUGUGUCAAGUUUUGUCAAACCCUGUGAACGGUGUGGUGGAGUUUUCCCCCGGGGUGACCUACCAGUCAACAGCCCAGUUCAGUUGUCAGGAGGGCUACCAGCUGGCAGGGUCAUCACCCCUGACCUGUGGAGACAGUGGAGAAUGGUCUGGCUCACCUCCUCUGUGCGAAUCUGUUGAUUGUGGAGAGUUGAUGGAUCCGAUGAAUGGGAACGUUCAGUUUGCACGAACAACUUUUGGAAGUGUGGCAGUGUAUGAUUGUGCAGAGAACUACAUGCUGAGUGAAGGAAACACCAGGUUAUGUCAGGCUGACAGUCUCUGGUCUGGCUUCACACCAUUCUGCGACUUGGUUGACUGUGGAAGACCUCCGUUUGUGUUCUUCUCGACAUCUGACACGACAGCCACGACGGUGGGCACUGUCAUCACCUACACCUGUUUCUCUCAGAGGAGACUGGUGGGAGACAGACAGAGAACCUGUCUGGGUAGCGAACAGUGGAGUGGAGACACACCUACAUGUGUCGAAAUAGUCUGUGAGAAUCUAAUGAACCCACUGAAUGGACAAGUAUCAACCACAACUCUCAACCAUGGAGGAGUGGCUACAUACGAGUGCAGUGUGGGCUAUGUGAUUGAGGGAACAGCUACCAGAAUGUGUGAGGGAAACGGAACAUGGAGUGCCAAUGCACCAAUUUGUAAAAUUGUGACAUGUCCAAGUCUGAGUCCUCCCAGCAAUGGCCAGGUCCAGCUGCAAUCCCUCCAAUACCAGUCUGAUGCCAGCUACACCUGUAACGAGGGGUAUUUCCAAGAGGGAGAGCCCGUUAGGACAUGCCUGGCCAGUGGUCUCUGGAGCGGAGAAGAACCUAGCUGUGAACCCUUGGACUGUGGACCCCUCAUUCCUCCACUGAAUGGAGGUGUGAACACACCCAGUAUUGCGCUGGGUUCUCAGGCCACCUACUACUGUGAUGGCCCGGGCUACAUCCUCAGAGGAGACAGCAGUCGGCAGUGUUCCAUCGACGGACGAUGGAGUGGCAGUCACCCAUCCUGUGACAAUGUAAACGAAUGUGAAGUUAUGAAUGGCAUGUGUCAGCAGCUGUGUGAGGACAAUGAUGGUAGCUAUGAUUGUCUCUGUGAGGACGGCUAUGUACAAUCUGAAGUAAAUCCUCUCCUUUGUAAAGAUGUAAACGAAUGUGAAGUUAUGAAUGGCAUGUGUCAGCAGCUGUGUGAGGACAAUGAUGGUAGCUAUGAUUGUCUCUGUGAGGACGGCUAUGUACAAUCUGAAGUAAAUCCUCUCCUUUGUAAAGAUGAGAAUGAGUGUGAGGAUGGAGCAAAUGGUGGCUGUGCUCAUACAUGUCAGAACCUUGAAGGAGGGUUCAACUGCAGCUGUGACGGUGGCUACCUACUCUCAGACAAUGGCAGAGAUUGCAUAAAUAUGAAUGAGUGUGAACUUGGCCUGGAUAACUGUCACCCAAAUGCCAUGUGCUCCGAUGUGGACGGAGGCUUUGAGUGCUUCUGCAACAUUGGGUUUGAGGGUGAUGGAACUACCUGCGUCAACACAGAUGAGUGUGCUCAGAGUGGAAAUCCUUGUCAGGAGAAUGCAGAAUGCAAGGAUGUCGAGGGAGGAUUUGUGUGUCAGUGUCUGCCAGGAUAUGAGGACGUCGAAUCCACAUGCUUCACUCAAUGUUCAACAAACUUCCAACUGGUGCUGGGACCAGUGGAUUCCUGCCUCAACUGGAGGUUUGACUCAACCACAGCAAAGCUAUCAGAUAUCACAGUGGCAACAGUCUCUAUGCUCAACAGCAUGUGCCAAUGUGACGUCACCCUCAGUCACGUCUCUGAAAACGAAUUCACCUGCUUUUACAAUGAGGCCCAGGAAGUAAUCUACAGAGCCAAAUUACAGGGUGUGGAGGCUAACGACUGUUCCAAUCUCACUAAACACAUCAGAGAGUGGAUGGAGGCCUCAUCCUCUAUACUAAUACAAGGGAAUAGAUUGGGCCUAAACCCAAGAUGUGACUUAGAAAUUGAGACUCUGGAUAUCCAACCGGCAUGUGUGAUAGGUGAGACCCCUCCGUCUCCUACUACAUCCAGCCCAAACGACGGCCUACCAAUUCAAGUGAUAAUUGGAGGGGCAGUGGCUGGAGCAAUCAUUAUCAUUCUUCUACUGUCAUUGGCGGUGGCCGUUUGUUGCAUUUGUUGCAGAAAUAAGGCAAAAGAUAACAGGGAGAGUGAACCCAAUGAAUACAGUAAUCUCUCUCGGCCGUCCAGACAGAGCUCACUAGCAGUGCCCUACACCGUAUCAUCCAUGACACCCACUGGUGGAAGUGGCAUCUUUGACUACGACAUUGACACCAAAACCUCCACCACAUUUGAGCCAGGAAACAUCUCCCGCACACCGUCAGUACCACUAGUCACCAUGACCGACAUACACCGCCACUCUACCCACUCCUCACGCAGUGGCAGCUUCUCCAGUAUCGAUCCCAAUGAACUCACAUAUGCCAACAUGAACGAUAACAAUGAGCCAGAGAAGUUUGAUGACCCAGUGUAUGAGCACAUAAAGGGAGGAGAGAAGGAAGACAUUGCUGCAAACCCUCUCUAUGAUGGAAUGAAGAGUACUAACCUAUAGCACAGAAUGACUGUUUACAAGCCUAUAAGCACUGUGUUAUGGAUCUUUCUUUGGUGCUGCAAUUGUAUAUUAUUAUUAGUUAUUA